UAGUACUACACUACUGCGAGUAGAAGAUAGAAAUCAUAGAAUGGAGGGAUAGCUCAAGAACUUUAUUCCCGAUUUUAAGAUAUCUGACUCGGGCAUAUAAUUCCUCGGAAGAAACAUGUUUCUCUCUCUCCCAUGGUGAACUAACUACUCGUGACGUUCAAAGUUGUCCUGGUUUGGCAGUGCAAUCCUACUCCACCGUAUUCCCGCUGCUCACGCGGCUGCUCAUUGCCCAACAGGCCAACACUAUUAAGGUUGUGCUUGUGGUUUUUGGAUUUCAAUUCAUACAAGGCAAUUAUGAUAAUGGGCAUUCAUAAAUUUCUUAAAAUUUGUGGAAUUUUGGAUGAAUUGCAUCUAGGAAGAACAAAAUUACUAGACCCAUGUCUUAAAUGUACAAGAUUUUGUCAUUUUGAACAAUACCCAUCUAUUAAUUCAUCGUUAGUGAAAAUUCCUCAAAGUAAGGUAGGGAUUUUCUGGGAUUUGGAAAACAAACCCCCGAAUUCGGUCUCUCCGUUUGAGGCUGCGAUUAAAUUGAAAAGGGCAGUUUCAUCUUUUGGGAUUGUUCGAUGUAUGGUUGCUUAUGCAAACCACCAUGCAUUUAGCUAUGUGCCUCCUGCAGUUAGGGAGUUGAGGAAUGAGAGGAAGGUGUUAAAUCGUUUAGAAAACAAGGGAGUUAUCAGGUCUGUUGAACCGUAUGUAUGUCGGGUUUGUGGGAGGAAAUUUAGGGUGAAUGAGAAGCUUAUUGAGCAUUUUAAGGUUCAUGAGAGGGAGCAUCAGAAAAGGCUGAAGCAGAUAGAGUCUGCAAAAGGGAAGAAGAGGGUUACUUUGGUUGGGAAAUAUGCAAUGAAGAUGGAGAAAUAUAAGAAUGCUGCACGGGAUAUUUUGACUCCCAAGGUUGGAUACGGAUUAGGGGACGAUUUGAAACGUGCUGGCUUUUGGGUGAAGAUGGUGUCUGAUGAACCACAAGCAGCUGAUGUUGCUUUAAGGAGUCAUAUAGUGGAUAUGAUGGAUCAUAGGCGAAUACAAUGCUUGGUCAUUGUCUCUGAUGAUUCUGAUUUUUUGGGUGUCUUGAAGGAGGCUAAGGAGAGAUGUCUCAAGACUGUUGUCGUUGGUGACAAUCAUGAUGGGGUGCUGAAGAGAAAUGCGGAUGCCUCUUUUUCUUGGCGGGAUAUUUUGGUUGGUAAGGCUAAAACGCAGGCGGUUUCAGUUGUAGGCCAGUGGAAAGAUCGCGAUGUUUUGAAGAGACUGGAAUGGUCUUAUAAUCCAGAUCUGGAAAGAGAUGUUUGUAAAGGGAGUAAUGCCUGUGAUUUUGAGGAUGUUCAGCUUGAGGAGGAAGAUACUGAUGAUUCAAUUGAAGAAGAUCAUGACCGUUUGCUCCACAAUGAUGAUAGACCUUGGUGGGAAUUGGAUCCAGUGGAUGAUGGUGCAUCUUCAAAUCCGUUGACUUGAUUGUAGACACACAUAUGAAAGGACAUCCUUCGUGAAUUAUUUGAUUGACAGGAUGAUACGAUUGCAAAGAAAGCAGCAGAGAGUUCCACUGAAUCAAUUGUAGGUGUUGCCUCAGAAAAGAAGGCCUGGUUCUCAUGCAUGACACAAGGUUCCCUUGACAGGAAAGGGAGUCAAAAAUUUGCAAUAACAUCCGACGCAUGACAGUUGAAUCCCACAAACUUUUUGAGAUGGAACAUACUGUCAAGGCCUCUGGCCUCGAAAGGUUGGCUGUGUCAAAGUUCAAACUUAGCUAAUGCAAGUGUGAGAACUAUCGCCGGCUCAAUUUUUAUUUAUAUUGAUGUAAACUUGUUUGAAUUGUUUUGUACUAGAUGUGAUUAUUCUUUAAUUGUUUUGGUAAGAAUACUGUGAUUAAUAAUUUGUAAACACCGACUUUUCAACCAGAAUAUCUUUACGUAGGUAGUUAAAAUUUUCAACAAGGACUGGUCUAGUGUUGGUAGCACAAUUGACAAAUUCUCUAACGAUGGAAUUCUCUCACAAUCAUUUACUACUUCCCUCUGCUCCCAAGUCCCAAAUACUAGUAUUAAGAUUAGGUUAAAUUACUUCAAAUUAUAU